GUGGCCGUCGAGAAGGCCAUCAGGGGAGAGGGGCAGGCCGCCGGAGACGACGAGGCGGCCCUGAUGCACGAGUGGUUCGACCUGGUGCACGAGCGCAGUCUGUUGGUGCGGCGCGACCAGCUGCUGCAGCUGCAGGUGCGCGAGCUCGAGCUGGAGGACCGCCACGACCGACUGCAGCUGGAGCUGCGCGAGCGCAUGGCGACGCGCGACUCGCAGAAAACGCCCGGCGACAUUGACCGCGAGCGCGAAGUGGUGACGGCGCUGCUGGAGAUCGCCGAGCAGCGGCGCGCCCUGCGCCGCGCGAUGGACGACGAGCAGGAGAGACUGCGCGCCGAGUGCGAGUCGGCCGAGAGUCGGCGCCUGCCGCUGGCCGCCUCGGCCGCCGGACCGGCCGAGUCCACCGUGUAGUGCGCCGGACCGGACCGGACCGCGCCGCGCCGGACAGGACCGCCGGCGACGGGACGGACCCGGCGACGCCGACAGACGGACGGACUGACGAACUGACAGCUGGUGGACGCCACGCGCGCGCCGGUGGCGGCGGGCAGAGCGAGCCCCUCUCCAGAGCAGUGGACACGCUGGACCCGGAUUGCAAGUUGCAAUACGCUGCGCCGGACUGACUAGCUGGUGGAGGUGCUACCUGACCGACUACCGCAGCUACCGUCUUAGAUGGUAUAUAUAUAUUGACCGAGCUGCAGUGUCUGAAAGCCCGACUUGUGUUAUUUUCCCACCUAGGCGAGGUAGGUCAUUUGCCUGCACCCGCCACUUCUGUUUGAUUUCGGUCGGCAGGCGAGCUGUGCUCGUCGGAUGUCUGCUGCCGCCGGCAGACGCGAGGGAG